AUGCCGGCAUUGUCGACCAGACUGUCGAUGAACCCUUUCCCAUUUUACGAAGACCGUGAAACUACUCAGCUUCAGCAUUACCCCUUUGUCAUUGAGACCCUCCUCACUGUUGCAACCAAAAUGAACUUUCCACAACCCAAAGUUUCUUCUCUGCCCCCGAACAUCGAUCUCCAUGGCAAAACAGCUUUGAUGACUGGAGUUACUGCAGGGAUUGGCUUAGAAACAGCUCGACAACUACUCAAGCUCCAUGUCUCCCACCUCGUUCUAGCUGUGAGAAAUGUGUCGAAAGGCAAAGCUUGCAAACAGGAGCUUCAGCCAUUCAACACCCAAGCAAAAAUCACCGUGAUUGAGCUCGUUAUGAACAGUUACAGAAGUGUUCAGGGCUUCGCGAAGGUGUUACAACAAGAAGUUCCUGCGGUCGACAUCCUGCUCCUCAACGCCUGCAUUGGACUUCUCAAGCUCGAACGUAGCCCAGAUGAACAUGACUGCGUCACUCAAGUGAAUUAUCUGUCAAAUAUUAUCUUGAUUGCUGAAUUAUUACCAUAUCUCAAAGCAAACGCGGAGAAAACUGGCCGGCCUUCUCGGAUCACCUGGGUCGGUAGUCGAAUGUACUUUACCACGAGCCUCGAAAGAAAAGCGCCCGUGAAAGCCGAUGGAUUGAUCCUUGAGCAUAUGGACUCGGAGAAAUUCUUCUUUUCCAAAGAGAGAUACAACGACACCAAGCUUCUGUGUGCCAUGUUCAUGUACAGUCUUGCUCAGCGUCUUGACAAAAGCAAGGUGAUCCUGAAUAUGGUUUGUCCGGGUUUGAUCAACACCAACAUGACCGAUGUUUUGCCGAUGCACAUGCGCAUGGUCAUGGGCGUUGUCAAGUUUUUUCUAACACGCCCGGUUGAGGUCGAUGGGCGGCUUUUUGUCAAUGCGGCUGUGGUGGCAGGGCCAGAAUCACAUGGGGCAUUCUUCGGGGACAAGGAAAUAAUCCAGCCUUCUCCAUAUCUUCAGUCUCCUGCAGGGCAAGCCGUACAAAAGAAGCUGUGGGCGGAAACUGUUGAAGAAAUGGGCAAGCUGAUCAAGCUACCGACGGAGUUUGCUUGA